GAGAGAAAGAUAAGCAGCUAUCCUUUGAGUGCUAGGAUGGGAACGUUGGAGUUUGGAAGAGGGUGAGAUCAACAACUACUCCUGAUAGGGGUGAAGGAAAGCCUGACCACGUUGAUCAAGGAGGGUCCACCCUGUUUACAGUGACCCGAGAAAGCGCCAUACUGAUCACCCUUACUGGAGAAGAACUGCACAGACUACAUGAAGCACCCUAACCCCAAUGAGGGGCUGCACUGAAGGGUGCAGAACUCCAGUGACCUUGAAGGGACUAGACCCAACAGAAUGAUGAGGCAGAAGCUGGAAGGCGUGAUCCUUAGGUUCUGAGCCCAGGACACCCCGGUGGACCAGGAGGGAGAACAGCGCUGAUUGCAAAAGAGGAGUGGAUCAGAAGCUCCUAUUCCUCAGAUGUCUCAGUUAGGCCCCGCCCCUUCCCCGCCUAAGGAUGGACUGGGCCCUGUCCGCGCUGACUGGCGGAGACCUCGCAGGCCCGGAGCAUGUGUUGACUACAGGACCUCCAACCCCCGCCGGUGUCCCCCUGCUCCGCCGCUGUGAGCUAUCGGUUCCCGUGCACCAGACACCGGUGCAAGCCUGGGUGGAAUCUCUUCGGGGCUAUGAGGAAACGCGCUUGGGCCUGGCUGACCUGCACCCCGAUGUGUUCGCCGUGGCCCCCCGGCUGGAUAUUCUACAUGAGGUUGCCAUGUGGCAGAAGAACUUCAAGAGAAUUAGUUAUGCCAAGACCAAGACACGGGCAGAGGUGAGAGGUGGUGGGAGAAAGCCCUGGCAGCAGAAAGGCUCAGGCCGAGCUCGGCAUGGGAGCAUCCGUUCUCCGAUCUGGCGGGGAGGUGGUAUUGCCCAUGGUCCACGGGGUCCAACUAGCUACUACUACAUGUUGCCCAUGAAGGUUCGAGUGCUAGGCCUCAAGGUGGCCCUGACAAUCAAGCUGAUGCAGGAUGACCUUCAUGUGGUAGAUUCCUUGGAGCUGCCAACCUCAGACCCAAGAUACUUGUUAGACCUGGUUCGACACCGACGUUGGGGUGACUCCGUCCUCCUUGUUGAUGUGGAUGAGGAGAUGCCCCAGAACAUCGUUUCUGCUGUAUCCAACCUGAAGACCAUCAACUUGGUGCCAGCAGUUGGCCUCAAUGUCCACAGUAUGCUGAAGCACCAGACCCUGGUCUUGACUCUCAGCACCGUUGCCUUCCUAGAGAAGAAGCUGUUAUGGCAUGAUAAGCGCUAUACACCCCUCUACCCAUUCCGCCUGCCCUACAGCGACUUCCCUUGACCCUCCAUGGUGACUGUGCUUCUCCAUUCCUGGCAGCGCAGAAUAAAGAGUCUUUGCCACUUUG